UUAUCUUGUCUUGUCUAGAUUUUAGAUAGUUCCCUUCAUCUGUCACUAUUUUUCUUUAGAUUUGGAGAAUAAUUAUCUUUUCUUCUAAAAAAGUAGUUGUUUACGAUCAUUGUAAUUCAAGUUAAUUCUCUUAUUAAUAAAUUCGGUGCAACAACGUUUCACAUUGUAAAUAUUAUACAUCUAUUUAAGUGAAAUUACAUCUAGUGAAACGGAUGAAAAUAACGUGAUUGUGAGUACGAUAUUGAAAAAUAAAACUGGUUAUAUUAAUUAAAAACGGUAAUUGGUGUUAAAGUUAUUAAUAUUUCUGUUUUAAUUGGCUUUGUAACUGAGUUAUUUUAAAAAUGUCUGGAGUGCGCGCUGGUCGCGUACCUAAGCGCCUGAGAGCUCAUCGUAUGAAGAGUCGGUCAGUGCUGAGAAUGAUGGCAAUAAUGCAGGACAGGAACAGUGAGGAGGUGCCUCGCGAGUUCUUGGAGACGGGCCGGACGGGAAGGAGAAAUGCCAUGCCUGAUAUACUGCACCCCCAGGGCGCCGAGAUGACGACGGCGGACCUGCCCUCUCGGUUGCAACAGCUGGCCACUACUGAUCCAGAGCACCCACAGCCGAGCACGUCAAAGAAUGAUCUCGAAACGUCCAAAGACGAUCAAGCAAGUAAAAGUAAUUGCAGUUGAGCUGCCUCGCAUAAGGUCGCAGACCACUGGACAUGCCCAAAGUAAAAGUAAUCUCAAAAAGGUAAAUAGAAACCCUAAGCACUGAACUUAGUGUAGGCCCACCUUUUUGUAGGAAGGUAUAGUGUACAAAUGUAGCUCUAAUUAUGAUAGUUUUUAAAGGCUAUGUGUAAUUUUAUUUGUACUAAAUAAUGACGUACAGAAGUUCUUAAAAAAGUUUUUGAAUAAAAAAUAUGACGUUUUAUAAAUAAGGAAUUUUUGUCUAUGAUAUUUUUUUUAAACUACUUUUUAAUUACUUUUGAAAACAUUUAUAAAUUCUGCUGGCAAUGACACAAAGUAAAGCAUUAAAAGUACGACAUUUUCACAUUUAAUUUAGCUAUACCUUUAAAGAUGCUAUUUAGUGUUAAAGAAAUUAAGUGUUCUAAAUGAUAUAUCAAUUAAUUUAAUUUGCUUCAAUGUGAACUGCGAUGUUUGUUAGAGCGUCAAGAUUUUUUUUUCAUAAAUGACGAGGCUAUUAACUUAGGAAAUGGUGAUAUGCGAAGCAUCGAAGCAAUUGUUUUACCUUGGUUGUGAAUGUGUACGAAAAGUUUGUGUUCUAUUUUAUGUUUUGUAUAACUCAACAAGACUCCUUGGCGAAAAACAUCGAAUCUUUGUUAUGUUAAGUCGUUGUUUAAUUAUAUUUUCCUGUAAUUUUUAGGCUAUGCUAAAUAGCUGUAGAAACAGACAAUUGUCUUAAGUAUUUCAUGUAAUUUUUUAUUUGCUGUCAUCUGUCAGUUAUUAUGCAUCAUCCGAGCGAUUUAAAAAAAGAACUGUAUCCUUUUUUCAUUUGAGUAAAAUUUGACAGAAGUCGUUGCUAAGACUACAGUCGACAGAGUACUUUGUAUGUAAAAUAAUAAAAGGUAGUAAGUUUAACCUUCAUCAUUUUUUUUAAGUUUUAUCCCCACAGCCUUGGUAUUAUAUUUUUAGAAGUUUACAAAGCUACAAAUGCUUAUUUAAAUGUUGGAUGAUUGCGAAAGCUAUAUGGUCAAAUUGACCAUAAGGGAAUCAAAUGUAAUCGAACAAUUUUACAUACAACAAUGAUGCAUUGUGAAUCGUGCAUAAUAUUUAUACCAAUAACCAGUGAUUGAUUAAUAAAUUUUAUACUAUUAAGUGCUUAGUCGCUUAUGUAUAAAUUAAGACAUUAUAAAACAUGUCAAUUAUUAAUUAAAGCAAGUAAACAUUCAUAAUCUACCUUAAAUUCAGUGCUAAGAAGAAAAUAAUUUUAAAAAUAAAUAGCUGCUAAUAUAUUCUUACCAUAGACUUGGGAGUUCAAAACAUCUUUGUAAGCCUUAAAUAUAAAAAGAAUCGACUACAAUCAUACAUUCAUAUAUACUUGGUGUAGAUGAGAGGGAAACCGUUAAUUUGCUUUUUGAAGAGUCGGCUAUAGUCUGCGAAUAUCUUUAAUGACUCAAAAAGAUUUACGUGAAUUAUCAUUAAUUUUGGAAAUCCAAUGUUGUAUUUAAAAAAAAGUCUAAAAUAUAUUUUAUAAGAUAAUUCUUUCUUAUCUUUGUAAUUUCGACCAUAGACAAAUCCAUAUUUAGUGGUGUUCCCACUAUAUUCCGUUUUAUUAGAUUUUUUUCAAGGAGAUUCUUUCUUCUUUCUAUUAAAUUAUUUCAAAUUAGCUGACUUUUUGCGCCAUUGUAUAAUUGUAUUUAGAUAUAAAGCUAUGUAGGAAUUUUUGGAAUUAGAUAUGUGUCCAUUUAGAGAAAUUAGAACAAGGAUAGGUACAGGUUUAAAAUAAUUGCGUGAAUUAAGUUUUGUACCUUUAUAUGAUGGUUUAGGAGAAAAAUAAGCUUUUAAUCGAAUAAAUUGUACAUAUCUGUAAUAAUGAGAUAUGGCAAAGUAGUUAUGUCAUUGUAAAGCACUGAAUGUCUUAACUUAGAACUACGAUUUAUUUGUUGAUUUAAAGUUUAAUUUUUUUAAACAACUUUAUUUUCCGACUGUCCGAUAUAAUAUGUAAACUAUUUUGAUUUUCAAUUAAACUUUUUACAUUGAAUAACCGAUGUGAUAAGAUGGUUAGUACCUGUUAGUUUCCAUUGUCGAAAAUUUUUGUAAAAUAAAACAUAAUAUAAUAAUUUAUUUUACUGCAAGUAACACGGCAAUAGAACUUAUCAAGAUGAGUUCGCGCCGGCGAAACGUACACAUCAAUAAGUUAUCUCUUUUGAAACCAGAGAGCCUACCACGAAUAUUUGAGACACACGCCAUCGUAAUGUCAUCGACAAAAUGUCGAAAGUAUGACAUUUGCUAAUGUAUCUUUCGCGCGGUAGGGGUGCUGCACAAUUUUUUUAUACAUAUUUUAAGUUAAGAAAACGUUCUCGUACUUGGCCCUCUGAGAACUCAUCCACCAGUUGCUUUGAAUUUAGCUGCGUUCGUAAACCGUAUUAUGUAAUAUUUUGUUAGAUCUCAUGAUGUUUAAUAAAUAUGAGUUUUGUUGUUAUUUCAAUAGGAUAAAUAGU